UUCUUCCCAUUAACCGACAGGUCAGUGUUACAGUGAGUUCCCAUCGCAGUGCAUGGUCUCCCACUGUUCUGGGUUGCAUCGUUUGAAUAUUUCGUAUAAAAGCAUCUUUCAAACAUUUGUGUGUUUGUUCGGAAUUGUAAUUUAGAAUCAGGAUCAGUGCGAUGAUGAUUCUGCGAUCGGCAACGUUAGUGAUUCUUACUGUGAUAGUCGUGUGUGCCACGAGUGCAAGUGCUGCUCAGAGCUGGCUGCAAGCGUUACUUAAAUCAACGAACGGUACGCUCGAUGUACGCGCAUUUCCGGGCGAACAAUGUUUACGCCAGUGUGACGAAACACAGCCACGGAUCUGCUACUUUUCCUGGACGAUGGAACACUACCACGUGAUGGGACCUGCUUGCCGUAAUUGUGCUAAAGGUAAUCAUACCGACUGUUACCAUCCUGCUUGCAUAACAGCGGACGGUGUCGAACGGGGUGUGAUGAGCCUGAACCGCAACAUUCCCGGACCACCGAUCAACGUUUGUCAUAACGAUCUGAUCGUCGUUGAUAUGACGAAUGCAAUGGCAGGCACAUCGGCGUCUAUCCAUUGGCAUGGUCUUCAUCAGCGUGCUACACCAUACAUGGACGGUGUGCCCUUCAUUACGCAGUGUCCGAUCGGGUUUGGAAAUACCUUCCGGUACGCAUUCCUAGCCACCGAACCUGGAACACAGUUUUAUCAUUCACACUCCGGUCACCACAAGGUGAACGGACACUACGGAGCACUGAUUGUACGUGAGCCUCGAAAAGCCGACCCGAAUGGUGAUCUGUACCACUAUGAUACACCGGCACACGUGAUAGUGGGUUCCGAUUGGAUGCAUAUCGAUGGGGAGAUGUUUAUGCCGGGAUUACCAUCCGCUGGAGGUAUUAUGCCGAUCAAUCUUCUUAUAAACGGUCGCGGUCAAUUCUACGAUCGCAAGAAGAACGAAACCACCGAUGUCCCGCUGGAGGUGUAUACAGUGCGCCGCGGAGCAAGGUUCCGAUUCCGUUUCAUCAAUGCGGCUAGCCAUGUUUGUCCACUGCAGCUACAGAUCGAAGAUCACAUCAUGGAAGUGAUCGCUAGUGAUUCGUUCCAUCUGCAGCCCCGGAAAGUCGAUACGUUGAUCUCUACGUCUGGUGAACGAUACGAUUUCGUGUUGGAGGCAAAUGGACCAAAAGACACCUAUUGGGUACGUUUGCGAGCUCUUGGGCCUUGUGCUGAUCUAGAGCUGGAACAAUUUGCCGUACUACGAUACACCAGUGGACCGAAGGAAAAUGAUGCCUUCCCAAAUACUUCACCUCCACCAUACGAACAGCAAUUUCCUAAUGUUGCCACGGCUAACCACCCAAAUGCGACAUGCGGACGGCCAGAGUUUGGUGAUUAUUGUAUUACCGACUUCCAAGCAUACGACACAGACGAGAAUGUCAUCAACGGGACGCCAGAUCAUCAGCUUACGUUCGGUUUCGUUAACAGUCUCGUGACCUUUCAAAACAUGUUCGAGACACAUCCGUACGAGCACUUUAUGAAUAUCCAUGGCUCGGUGAUGCUUCAAGGUGCCAUUAACAACCUUAGUUUAUCGUACCCACCAUUCCCACUACUUACCCAACCCGAGGAAAUCGAUGAGAGCAUGUUCUGUGAUGAAAACACCCGUCCAGCUCGGUGUGCCGAUCGAAAGCUCUGCACUUGCACCCAUCGUGUCAAGAUCGAACUGGGCGAUCUCGUUGAACUGUACAUUCUCGAUCUAACACCUUCCGUCAACGAUCUUAACCAUCCUUUCCACCUUCACGGUUACCAAAUGUUUGUGAUGGAACUGGGACAGGAUCGACGGGUGCCAGUAACGUUCGAGAUCGCACAACAAAUUGCACGACAGCGCUUACUUCAGCGCAACACGGUCCUUCUUCCGCCACGGAAGGACACGGUCUCGAUACCGAGCCGUGGAUAUGCACGCGUACGCUUCCGUGCAAACAAUCCCGGCUUUUGGCUCAUGCACUGCCACUACGAAUGGCAUACCGCCGUCGGUAUGGCACUAGUACUGCAGGUAGGAGAAACAACCGAUAUGGUUAAGCCACCGGCAGGCUUCCCGAAGUGUAACAGCUACACACCCCCGGUAGAUCAGCUGCUUCAGGAAGCUUUGUGAAAAGUCGUCGAAUUUCAGUGUGGAUUAGCGUUGUGAUAGCAUAUACAUACAUAAAACACUAUUUAUUCUAGCUACUUGAUAUGGGCUCUGGAUGAGUCCGCUUAUCGAUCGCUGCUCAGCUGCAUUGAUCUAGUGUAAUAAAUUAUUUGAAGCAUCCUCAAGCACCCUGUGCACACUUUCUUUCAACCUUUGUUUGAAGAGGUUGAGAUUCCAAACAUACACCACUAAAAAAACACGGUUAGAAAGUAGCUCGAAUAUUUAUUUAGUGCAAUGUGAGAGAUGUACUAAGCAGGGAACUAUGGGCAGUGAUGUCUAGACUAAUGGUAUUGUUGUAUAGGUAGAAUUAUAUCUCAAUAAACUAGUCAUAUUUUAUCAGUAAAA